AUGAGUGAUAAGAAUUGUUUUGAACCCAUUUGCGAAAAGGAGGACAUCCUCAAUCUCAAAUCUAAAAAGAGAUCUAAGCUCUAAUUCGAGGAGGAUUCAUCAACUCAGGAAUGUCCUCUCAAAAGAAACAUAUAUGGCAAUUACACUUGGAAUAUGUUGCACACUACAGCAAUCUACUAUCCAGAUGAGCCUACACAGGAGUAACAAUAGAAGAUGAGAAAUUUCUUUGAUGCCAUUGCUGAAUUCUACGCUUGCAAACAUUGUAAGGCUCAUUUCCAAAAGGAUAUUUUGAAAAAUCCUCCAUAAGUGACAUCGAGGAAGGAUCUUUCAAUUUGGUUAUGUUAGAGACACAAUGAUGUGAAUUAAUUACUAGGGAAGCAGUAAUUUGAUUGUAGUUUUGAGAACCUUGAGAAGAGAUGGAGAACGGGAUGUUAAUGA